AUGGCUCAUGCCGGCGAGCGCAUCGAGCUUGAGCGCGCCUUCUCCGGGGCAACCGUUCACGACAUGUUCAACAUGCUUAGCGUCGCUGUCCUGUUGCCGGAGGAGGUCAUCCUUGGUGCCAUCACUGGAGAGGGUGGCCUUCUGACGGAUGUCUUUGUGGAUCCGAACAAGGAUGUCACCAAAGCCCUGUCCCUGGGUGCACCGAAGGCCACGGCCACGGCCAUGCCAGCAGGAGUGACGGGCUGCCCGACUGACAUGGACUGCAGCAACUACUUCUGCAUUUCUUCGGCCAUGAGCAAGAACUGGAAGAAGGUGGACAAGACUGGCUAUGCGAACCUGCAGACGUGCAGCAGCGUGUUCCCGCUCACGACCUUCGACUGCGGCUCCGACACUUGCUACAUGGAGGCAGACAAGUUCUACACGCAGUCCGUCGAGGGCGGCAUCAUUCUGGAUGAAGGUCUUUUCAGUGGCCUCG